CUUAUUCUCCAAGCUCCGAUCCACUUCCUUACCCGCGACAGUGCUGGCUUCCAGAUAUCCCUUACUCAUUCGUCUGUAGACCAAUUAAAAGUUAAACAUGGAAUCGGUCAAUCAUAUACAGCUGACAAUUCAUCCCUCUCGAGUACGGCCCAUCCUUCGCGCUUUACUCUUAGCCAUUUUUUUUCACAGGACGUUGGAUGCCAUGGAACCUGAAACCCUUGAGCUCCUGGAGUCGCAUAUUUCCUGUGUCCCAAAUUCGAUCAUUUCGCGGGAAAUCAGUAACAAGAUCGAAGAAUUCGCUCGUCAGUACCUAGAAGGUGAUCAAGACGGGGGUGAAAUAGCUGUGGUUUUCCUGCAGAAGAAGUCUAAGAAAGGCUGGUUUGCUGUCACUGAGGAGCUUGUUCCUUGGGAGGAGCACCUUAUCACUUUGAGCUUUUCUCACUCCUCUAAAACUCCCUCGAACCCUUUGCCUAGAGCUCUGUUACAAAUAGCUACCUUUUGUCUGGAGCAAAAGGCGAUGGUACCACCCCUCACGGGGACGACUGAAUCACAAAGUAGCAACGUUUCAUAUCAGAUUAUGAUAGCUCCUCCUGCACCGAACGAUCUGUUUGCGCCAUCCUCCCCCCCAAGCCAUCCUAUACGACUGGCCUCUCCCCCACCUGCACCUGCACCCUCUACAACACCAGCCACAGCCGUAGCUCGCGAUCUAGCCGUCUCACACCGACCAACAUUGGAGAAUCGUAAUAGCGCACGGAGAACAUCGUCACCCACGAGCGCCACUCUGGGGUAUUUCGAGCAGGCCAAAGACGGACUGAGAGCUGUGGGUGCCAAAGCUGGGGCGGGAGUGGGUUGGGGAGGGAGAGCUAUGGGGGCAGCCUUUGGAAGGAGUGCGGGGGCUACUGAAAUAAAAUACAAUGUACAGAGGUAAAGUUUCCGGAUAGACCAUGGAGGUAUCAAUAAUGUUCUCCUGUCCAGAGAUUUGUUGUAACAUGACUCGUCGUUGUAUUGUGCAACCAUGUAUCUUAUCCA